CACCAAACAAAUUAAAAACUAAAACCAACUUUAAAAACAGAAACGUUGAGUCUCUCUCUCUCUCUCUACACUCAGUCACUCCUUCUUCUCCUUCCUAUCCUGAUAUCCAACCCACUCUCUCUCUCCCUCUCUCUCUAUCUAUCUAUCUUCCUCUGCAAAUUUUCAUCCAUGGACGUGAGCUUCUCAGCGAAGCCUCAAAUUCUGACUCUGUUUUCGUACAACCACUUCGCUUCUACUUCUUCUUCUCUUUCCCCUUCAAAACUCCGAUCAAUCCGAAGUGAAUUUCUCGGCUGCGGUCAUAACCUCAGGCCUCCAGGUGGUCUUCUUCGCUAUCGGAGAAGGAAUGGGAAGUUAGGACCUUACUUUUACUCCACUCGUUUUCGCUUCAGAGCUUCUCUCACUUCUCAUUCGGUUCUAGUCGUUGUCGCUGUGGUUACUUUCUCUGCUGUUUCCAUUUUCUACUGGAAUCGAUUUCGGUCCAAGAAGAAUGCCAAAAUGGCGUGGGGACCUCCGAAUUUUGCUUUGCCUGAACUAGGCAGAAAUUUUAAGAACCAGGACAUGGAGAGCCAGAUUCUGGGUCUUGGAGAUUUUCAUGAUGUGAAAGUUCAUAAAAUGCUGGAGAAUGAAAUCCGAGAGAAAAGCCAUGCAUCUGAGGAUAAAGAGGCCCAACUGCAGUAUCAGAAAUCUGCUUGGGUUCACGAAGAGGCUCUAAUCGCCAACUCAGUACAGUCACCAGGUUCCAAUAAUGUAGUUGCUUCUAGUGUCGGGGAUAUUGAUAUUGCCUUUUCAAAUAACUCUGAAGUUAUGGAUAAGUCUCUUUCAACUGCGUUUUCGAUAUCAGCUACUCUGCAAUCUCUUCAUUUACCCCAUGAAUUGACUGGAUUGCAAUUGGAAGAAUUACAAGAGAAAAUUGAGUCCGACUCUGGGUUUGAUGGCGAAAUGGGUGAAUCUAAGUUGAGCAAUGGUUCUAUUCAUGUAAAUAAUUCACUUGCAGGAUUGCAUGAACAUAAAAAUGAAAAGAAUGAACUUGAUGAGGAGGGAAAAACUGCCACCUAUGUUAAUGUCCUUCUUGGAGAACCGGCUAGAGAAGAGCUUUACAUGUUUUAUGAGGCAAACAGGUCCAAAUCGAUGACUAAAAAUUUAGAAAACUUGAAUGGUAAAAGAACACUUUCUUCCCAUGCCUCCCUUUUGGAUGGCAGUACAUUCUCUUCAUCAUUGAAGAACAACAUCUUAGAUGGAGCAGAUGUAUCUGCUCAGGUUUCCCCUAAAAUAUCAGAGUAUGUUGAAGGAAAAAUACCUUCUGCAAGUUACAAAUCAGGUCAUCCCUGCAGUAGAAAAGACUCGGGAAAAGGCAAUGGACAUUCAAGGAAUAAUGAAGAAACAAGACAUUUUACUCAGAAUAAUCACAAAAUUUUGCCCCUGCUCCCUGACCUAAAUGAGUUGAAUGUCGAUGAUAGACAUCAUACUUCAGAGCAAUUAAGUGCUUAUAACCGUUUGCUGAAGGAUGGGAGGUUAACUGACUCUGUUGAACUGCUUGAAGAUAUGGAAAGAAGGGGUUUGUUAGACAUGAAUAAGGUUUACCAUGCAAAGUUUUUCAAAAUAUGCAAAAGUCAAAAGGCUAUUAAUGAAGCUUUCCGUUACUUCAAAUUGAUUACUAAUCCAACAUUGAGUACAUUUAAUAUGCUCAUGUCUGUCUGUGCAAGCUCUCAAUAUUCAGAGGGCGCGUUCCAGGUUCUGAGACUUGCCCAGGAUGCUGGAUUAAAAGCUGACUGCAAACUUUACACUACCCUAAUAUCUACUUGUGCUAAGAGUGGCAAAGUUGAUGCAAUGUUUAAAGUGUUUCAUGAGAUGGUUAAUGCUGGUGUGGAACCAAAUGUUCACACAUAUGGUGCGCUUAUUGAUGGUUGUGCUAGAGCUGGGCAAGUAGCCAAGGCAUUUGGUGCUUAUGGUAUAAUGAGGUCUAAGAAUGUGAAGCCAGAUCGAGUUGUAUUCAAUGCGCUUAUUACAGCAUGUGGUCAAUCAGGAGCUGUUGAUCGUGCUUUUGAUGUGUUAUCAGAAAUGACAACGGAGACACAGCCUAUAGACCCUGAUCAUAUAACUAUUGGUGCAUUGAUAAAGGCUUGCAUGAAUGCUGGUCAGGUCGAUCGAGCGCAAGAAGUGUAUAAGAUGAUCCAUAAAUAUAAGAUUAAGGGCACCCCAGAGGUUUACACAAUUGCUGUAAAUUGUUGCAGCCAAACUGGUGAUUGGGAGUUUGCACGCAAUGUGUAUGAUGACAUGACUAAGAAAGGUGUGAUCCCUGAUGAGAUGUUUCUCAGUGCAUUAAUAGAUGUUGCAGGACAUGCUGGUAACCUAGAUGAUGCCUUUGAAAUCCUACAAGAAGUUAGCAAUCAAGGAGUACAUGCUGGAAUUAUGUCAUAUAGUUCAUUGAUGGGAGCCUGUUGCAAUGCCAAAAAUUGGCAGAAAGCACUCGAGCUAUAUGGCAAUCUCAAGUCUAUGAAAUUGGAGCUAACUGUUUCCACUGUCAAUGCUUUGAUCACUGCACUGUGCGAUGGUGAUCAACUGGAGAAGGCUAUAGAAGUUCUCUCAGAAAUGAAGGCUAUAGGAUUGUGCCCAGAUAGCAUAACAUAUUCUGUGCUAGUGGUAGCAUGUGAUAGGAAGGAUGAUCUAGAAGCAGGCCUGAUGCUCCUCUCUCAAGCAAAAAAGGAUGGGAUUCCCCUCAAUCUCACUAUGUGUAGAUGCAUAAUUGGCAUGUGCCUACGGAGAUUCGAGAAGGCUUGUACAGUUGGUGAGCCAGUUUUUUCAUUUAACUCAGGCCAGCUACAAGUUGAAAAUAAAUGGACAUCAUCAGCCUUAAUGGUUUACCGUGAAACAAUUGUAGCUGGUGUGAUGCCUACAAUUGAGGUACUAUCACAAGUUUUGGGAUGCUUGCGGCUCCCUUAUGAUGCUUCCUUGAAAAAUAGGCUCAUUGAGAAUAUGGGUGUAAGUGCUGACACAUCAAGACCGUCAAAGCUUUAUUCAUUGAUAGAUGGAUUUUGUGAAUAUGAUCCCCGUGCUUUUUCGUUACUUGAGGAAGCUGCUUCUAUUGGAAUUGUUCAAUGUGUAUCCUUCAAAGAAAGUCCGGUUGUUGUUGAUGCAAGGAAAUUAGAAACUCAUACAGCUGAGGUGUACCUUUUAACUGUGUUGAGAGCCCUCAAGCAUCGGCUUGCUGCUGGUUCAAAGUUACCUAACAUAACCAUUUUAGUGCCUGUUGAGAAGACGCAAAUUAUAUCUCCCAAAGGGGAGAAGACAAUCAACCUUGCAGGAAGGGUUGGCCAGGCAGUUGCAGCAUUAUUGAGAAGGCUUAGGCUACCUUACCAAGGAAAUGAAUCCCAUGGAAAAAUCAGAAUUAAUGGCUUAGCCAUGAAAAGAUGGUUUCAGCCAAAGCUUGCUUCCCCUUUCAGUGGAAAACCAGAAGAACUAAGCUCACCUCAGUUCCGACUAGGAAGAGGAAUUUCUCAUCAGCAGCGUAACAUUCGAACAGCCAAUCUAUCAUUGGAUUAAGGGGAGAAAAAGUUUAUAUUCUCCCUUGGGCAUCUCAUGAAUUUUGCUUUACUUCAGCUGAUGCUCUCUGAGUUUUGCUUUCCUAUUUCUACCACAAACCCAACUCUCUACUCCAUCUUCAGAAAUUUUACAUAGAAACUUUAAACAUUAGUUGACAGCACUCUUCCUUUUGAGUAUAAGAUCUUAGCUGAGUUUCGUGAGCUGAGGAAUAACAAAGCGAAAGGACCUUAUGGACUUGAAAGUCAAAUUCAUGCUGAGAGGAGAGAUGCAUGGUGUAAGUAUGAAAAUUUCCAUUUCGACAUGUUCACUCAAUACACACACCACCAUUGCAGUUUCUUUCUUGUCUCCAGCAGCUUUCAUUGGACGUCCGACUCGGUAGGCAAUAUAAGGGUCACUAAAUCGCGAGGUUCUAAAGAUGCUGUUGUAAGUUUGUCGAAUAAAAGAGACAAACACAUCUCUGUUGGCAGUAUAGCUUCAGGCUCAGUUCUCUCUGCCUCUUUCUAUUAUUUUGUUUUCGGAAUAAAGAGUAGAGAAGAUAUAUAUACAUUUUUUUAUAUAUAUAAAUAUUUUGUUGCUGAGAAAAUAAGUAACAAUUUCCUUCUACAAACACAACUUUCUGUAUGGUUUGCCAAUGGACAGGAUUGAUUUAUACUUAGAAA